CCCGCAGUGCCUCCUGCAGCACCAGCGGGAGUUGAGGCGCCAGCGCCUCCAGCUCCUCUUUCUGGUGCCUGUGAGCUUGGUUCCCCCCACCACAGCAGACGCAGCCCCGGUCGCUUCUCCUCCUCAGCCAGUCGCUCCCCGCCGCCGCUCCUCCUGAAGAGAGGGGCGGGGAGGGUUUGAAAGGCGCCCGCCGGGAAGCGAAAGCCAGGUUUACUUACUUCCUCCUCGUUUUCGCCCCAGGGAGCGGGAGGGCUGACCUUACCAGCCUGCCUAAGAGCAAGGAGGGCCUCGGAGCGACGGGGGCGGCGGGGGGGCAAGGAAGAAAUCUGUAGCUUUAAGAUGGUUGGGCUAGGAAACAGUCGUCGUGGGAUAAAAUCACCACCUCUUCUAGUAGCAGCGCUUGUGGCUUGUAUAAUUGUUCUGGGAUUUAAUUACUGGAUAGCAAGUUCCCGUAGUGUUGAUUUGCAGAAUCGUUUAAUGGAAUUAGAAGGCAGAAUGCGCAGGGCAGCUGCAGAAAGAGGUGCUGUAGAAAUGAAAAAGAAUGAAUUCCAAGGAGAACUAAAGAAACAGAGGGAACAGAUUGACAAAAUUCAAUCUAUGCAUGGUUUCCAGAUAGAAAAUAUCAACAAAAUACACAGAGGUGAAAAGGAAAUACUAUUAAAUAACAUCACAAUAAAUGAUCAACUGAUCCAGAAUCUUCAAGAGAAUUUGAAAACAUUGCAGAGGAAAUGUGAAAAGCUUCAAUUAGAUGUGAACAGAUUUCAGAACAAUCAGACUAACCUCCAGAGAAAAUUAUCAUUUGACAUGUAAGUUUGC